AUGGAGGACGCUGGUGGGCAAUCUGCCAAAGAUGGAUCUAGAGGGUCCAAGCCCUCGAAGCGCAAGUCGAAGAGAGGGUCCCGCGCUCAACCAGACGAUGAAGAUGGUGUUAUGGUCGAUGCAGAGCAAACACAGAACGGCCCAGAGGUCCACUCGGGACCGGACGACCUCGCGUUCGUCGAUGCUCCUCCACGAGAGCGACGCCUCAAGCGUUCCAACACGGCGCCCAAGAAGCAGGAGACCGGUAAACUGAUGGGACUUUUUGGCUCGCUGAGAAAGACCGCUCGUCCCGAGAAUCUGCCAGAGCGCCGCAAAUCCCGCUCCUAUCGCGGCGGCGACGACACCGAGCGUGAAGAAGCGCGACGCGCACGGCGCGAGGAUCGGCGCAAGAGAUCUGUCAAACCAGACACCGACGGCGAAGGAUUCACGACUGACGCCGCUCCUGGAGUUGGGGGUGCCGACACCGAGGCCGAAGAAGCAGAAGCAAGACGAGCCGCGCGUAAAGCACGGCAUGUGUCUCGACAGGUCUCCGACGCUCGGGAUCCCGACGUAGAGGAACGGCGCGCGAAACGCAAGGAGAAGGAGCGAGCGCGCGAAGCCCGUGAGCAGAAAGCUCGCGAGGAAGAAGAAGAGCGACGCCGUGAAGAGAAGCGAGCUCGUCGUGCAGCUCGCGAAGAGCGUCGUGUCAAAGAAGAACAGGAAGCGCGCGAGGCUGAAGCCAAGGCCGCAGAGCGGCGAGAGCGACGUCGCAUGCGCGAAGAUGAGGUGGCUGCUAAGACCCGACGCCGUCGCUCGCGGGUCGAGGAAAAGCCUCCAGCAGAUGAUCAGUCGCCCGAUGAGCCGGAGGUCGAACGCCGUGCUCCACGAGCCUCCCGCGCAGUAGACGACUCCAAAUCCCGUCGUCGCAAGUCCAAAGCCAUCCCGGAGACGAUGCCGCCUCCCCAAAUGUCCGGCGGUCUGAACCACGGCCAUCCAAAGAAAGACAAGAUUUCAUCGUGGGUGUAUUCGCAAGCUGACGAACCGCCCGAGCCACCUCCAAUCAUGCCAACCGUGGUCGACAUGCCCCCGCAUGCUGCAGGGGCGGCCGCAGAGGAAGGAAACGAACGCUCCCUAUCCUCAGACGAAGAAGCCCGUCGCGCUCUUCGCCGCAAGGCCCGCCGCCGGACUUCCAGGUACGGUGCAGAUGAGGAUGUCGAUGACCCGCGCGCUGCCCGUCGGAGGGAGCCCCGUCGUGAGGGCGUGAAGAGCGGUUCGGGGAGUGGAGGUGACUAUGAGCGUGAUCGCGUGAGGUCGUAUGGGAGUCGUGCUCCUGCGCCACCGCCGAGCUCUAAUGCGAAGAGGUCAAGCUGGUUCCAGAAGCUCACCGGUUUCUAG